ACGACAAACACAACCGGUGGAUAUACAAAUACUAUCGUUCUGGACCCGCAAAUUUAACGAUAAUAAUGCAUAACCAGAGUCUAUGUCAUAUGGUGCCGGUCAAAACCCUCAGCUACGAGCUGUAAGUUUGGAGCAACAAACCGUGUCUGAUCAUAAAAAGGAGUAUCUAAAGAAUUGUACAAAAAAAAUAUGUAAGAGUAUAGGAACUGGUUUACGGUGGGUAUACAUGAAAAUAGGGCCGUGGAACAUCACGCCAUGCUGGACGCUGAUCUCAAACACACUCUCGUUAUACCGAAUUCCCCAAGCUCUCCGGAAUAGACUACCGACUAUCGAACCUUUUAUAAUUUUUUUUUACUAGUUUUAAUAUAAAGGGAGGAUGAAGGAGAAGGCUCGACCGCCAAAGAACGGCACUGAGAACAGAACAGGCAAUACUAGCACACCACCAGAGAUUAUGUCAAAUAGAACGCCCGCCGAGGUGCGAAUAGAAGGGAAAGGGCAGUGUUUGAUCCUUACAAGAUGGUGCACUUUUUGCUCUUC